UGCACACAGUCUCAUCUCAACAUCAGUCCGAUCCAAGUGCUCUUUGACAGUAGAAGUUCAAUCACAUAUUUUUUCUUGCCUUGGCUUUGCGGUUCGGACGGGUUGUGGGUAUUUUAUUCAAACAACGACUAGCAGUAGUUAAUUUGUGCCGUGAUAAUUUGUUAUGCAUUUGUGCUAUUUUCAUCACUCAGUGGUAAUUUUAUUUACGGUGAAUCGGUUAGUGCGACUCACGAAACAAUUACUAUAGCUAUGUUGCUAAACGAGCAUUAUUGUUGACACUUCAUGCAAACAAGAUGAAAUUAGUGGGAAGCUACAAAGAAGCAGUUUAUGUUGCUGUUAUGUUGAUGCUACUGCCACAGUAGUUCCUGUCCUGCUUCGCUGGUCGAAGUUAUAUUACCCCGUCGUAAGAUUGUGCGCUACGAAAAUGUCAAAAUCGAUGAAAAGCAAAAAGUGUUUGUAUUGUUUUAGACUGAUAAGGAUGGCCUCUGCGUGAAAUUUAUGUUUCCUCGUUGAAAAAAAAAUCGAGGCGUGAAAACGGUGCCGUACUUCCGUACGACCAGCAUUUUGUGGCCUAGUCUGUGUUAGUUUUUGUGAGUGAAAAGUAAAGGCAUCAUCGCCCGGUGGUGCUGCACCCCGAAAAUUUAAGGCGGGCGGAAAGAACCAGCAAGCCCGACAAAGAAAGUAGCGAUAAAAGUGUUUACCUAAUUAGUUUUUUUGAAGCGAACAAGUGACACCGGGCAGAUAAUUUGAAAACUAGGCCAAGCGCAGAUUUAGAGGGAGACUACCAGGUCAGCAAUGGAUCUGGCUAAUCUGUUUCUGCUUUGUCUGAUGUCCUGCGUGAUAGGUGCCGUGCUGAUGCUGCUGAUCCAGUAUUAUGCUUUCGUGCGGUACUUUCACCUACCUGAACUGGACGCGGAGCAGGAGCAGUGUCGGCAGUCGGCGCUGAGCGAGCCCUACGUGCUACCGGAUACUCUUUUGGCCAGCAUCAAAGCCCCAGACGCUGAAAGCAAAUCGACCAUAAUGGCCAUCAACAUGAUUCUACAGUUUCUGUACUUUGAACUUCGCCACUCCAAUCAAGUACGCAAGUGGUUUCACCGAAAGCUGUCUUUGGAGCUGGAUGAACUGAUUAGUAAAACCACCACUGGAAGGCUGUUCGAUAAACUGUCGAUACGGGAUCUCGACUUGGGCUACCAGUUUCCGGAGAUUAAGAACUUUCGGCUGCAUAACGUGGAGCUUCAUCCAGACGAGGGACACAUUGAAAGUUUGGACGUGCUGCUGGAUCUUCACUACGAGGGCCACUUUCGGUUGUCCAUCGAUGCCGAUAUGGUGCUCGGCAAGAAAGGAUCGCUGACAUUGAAAGUCGUGCAAGUAUCAGGGAUCGCUCGGUUGCAAUUCACUCGUAAACCAUACACCCACUGGUCACUUAGCUUCGUCGGUGAUCCGAAGGUUGAUCUGGCUGUCCAAUCGCAGUUCCAAGGCCGUCAGAUGCAAUCCAACGUAUCGAGCCUAAUUUCGAACCAGAUCCGUAAGGCGAUCCGACGAAAACACACAUUGCCAAACUAUAAGCUAAGAUACAAACCUUUCUUCCACCGCGUGGAAGAAGAUUACGAUCUGAACGAAAUUUCACCUAAUGGAUCAUUGGAAGUUAUUGUAGAGGAAAUCACCCGUUUAAACACCGCUACCCGAUUAUCCCACGUGUACUGCACCCUGACGUUAGCCAACAUACCGUGGGUGAUCGUGAGGCAGCAAGAUGACAACAACUUGAUCGUUUCGUUGGAUCUCGAAAUUCAUAAAGCGAAAAACCAACAAAUUGGAAUCGUUUUCAAGCAAACGGAACAACUGGUCGCUAUCGAAGCGGUUAUUCCGAACACGCCGGCGUCCAAAGCGGAAUUAAAACGUGGCGAUCUUCUGCUUUCGAUUCAGGGAAAACGAGUUACGACCAUCAAUCAAAUUGCUAAAAUUAUAAAAUCUCUGAACAGACCGAUGUUUAUAAUGCGUAUCGAGCGAACCGUUCCGGGAGUGAUCAAGAACGAUGGCUUGUUAGAUGAUUUGGAAGAGUAUGAGGAAAUUGAUCCUAAUUUGAAUAUCACCUUCACGAAAAAUGUUGAUAACGUACAGAUAGGAAGUGUUGGUACCCCGAAGGAAAAAGUUCGAUUGUCUCGACGGAAUUCAAAAGACAGUGCGGGAGAAUCCAGUCAUUCCAAUACUCCCGGAACGACACCGGUCAAACGUGCAGAUGCGUCCAAAGAACCUAAGAAGGAAGAUUCUUCCUCCGCAAAGUCUUCUAGCAACGAAUCGUCUACAAAUGCUAGUAAAAUUUCUCAAAACGAUGGCUUCCCACAACACUCUUCAGUGGAUUGCGAGUUCAAUUCCUUCAUUCGGAUGGACGAUUUAUGCUGCUUCCAACUUAUGGAACAAUUCACCUAUCUGAAUGUAAAUGUGUUUGGUAAAAGCAGUGAUGAACAUCGACUGCUAGGAUAUUUGAAUAUACCGAUAAACAGUAUUCUGAUGGAAUGUAACGAAUCACUUCUGGGGCAUCACUUAAAAAAGUAUCCUUUGCUGCCUCCGGAAGCAAUUGAUGUAUCCAACCAUCCGCUCUCUAUGCAGUCAGGAUUCGAUCAAAACUACUGCUACGGUGACAUUCUUCUCUCAUUCGUAUGGAGCGGUUCGUCGGUACCAUCAACGAACAGUGCCACCUCCAUCAAGAGCAGCACUGAAAACAUUAAGAAGCACAAACUUAUCAGUAUUAGCAAGGGUUCGGGCGACAAGUUUGAUGAAGACAAAACCGAUUCCUCCUCCGAUAUAAAAUCAACGACACAGCCGAGCUCGCAAACAUCGCAACAGCACGACUUCAUUCGGACUCACUUUCAUCGGUCUACACAAUGCGAUUAUUGUGGUAGAAAAAUUUGGCUGAAGGAUGCCGUACAGUGUCGAGACUGUGCCAUGUGCUGUCACAAAAAAUGCAUCAGCAAAUGUCAAAGUUCCACGGUUUGCAACGUAGGUGAUUCCGCGCAACCACCAUCAACGACUGGGUCGCAGCCGGAGUUUCGCUUGACGGAGGCCGAAUCACCGACCAUCGAGGUCGAAGACUUUGUGGAUAUUGUGGCCGAAGAGCAGCAGGCCAAAUCGAGAUUGGAGUCGCAUCGGCAGAGUUUCAGUGAUUUGCUGACACAAGGACUCAAACGUGUCAACUCUGUCAACAACCUAGCAAUCCCGAUGGUGUCCUCGAUGAAUCAAAGUAGUAAAAGCUUACCACCCACUCCACAGCAUACGCCGCGAAAACAGUCGCUGGCGAACGCAAGCACCAACCCGUUCGUCGUGGUCACUCAACGACUCGAGAGCCUUCCGGAAGAUCUCAAACAGCUUCAGAUGGAUCAAAUUGUGGAUCUGACUGCUCCACUCAUUGAGUACGGUUCCUCCGACACACUGAUGGCCCUUGCGAAGAGUUCAAGCAAGACAAUCUAUGCCGAACAUGAGCCGGAUUUGCGAACCGAUAAGAUCAACAAACUGCUUUCCAAGCUGCACAUUGCACUGGAUUGCGAAACGCUAAAUCAAACGUUGUUGAGCGCGAGUAAGGACGGUGGAGGUAAAGCAGACGAAAAUAAACCCAAGAACUCAACCCAGCCUCCUGCGGAUGCCACCCGGUCCGCAUUUCUAGCGGGUCAAUCGGAGGAACGAGUCCAGGCGCUAAGUGUCAUCAUGCUUCAUCUCUGCUCCGGCUUGCAGCACGCUCAGGGUAAUCUAAAUCAAUGAGACUAGCGACUGCUUCGGCAGCUCUCGCUUGGUUCCCUGCUAGAACCCUCCGCUUUGGUUGGACUUCUACCAGAGGAGCUUUUACACGGGGAGAUCGAAGCAGAUGAACGAUUCGGGCGGUCAUAUACUGGUGAUUUUAGCAGUGCUGGCAGCGGUAGUAACGGCCGAAAAAGUCCCUUCCGAUCACGGCGGCUCACUUCCUGUCGCAAACGUGCGAUGGGUCUUUUUCAACGUUCGGCUAGUGUCAGUAGUGCUAGAAGUGGAAGCUCUAAUACAACCCUUAAUAGAUGGCUCACUCCCAAGUUCCAGGACACUUGAAGUAUCAACCCAACCCGGUAAAGUACACAUACCGCUAACGCACUCGCUAAGGAAUUAAGCAGUCAAUCGACAGACUGAUCGUAGCCCCGCGCCUAAAACAAUGUCAAAUUGUGCACAGCAUAUUAGUGAAACACACAGUUCCAAGUGAUUUACCCGUAACACAAAUUGAUUAUUGUUGUUUACCAAGCAUAACACCAAGUAUAAGGCUUAAAACCUCCGCCGCUUCCCAGAUCUAGUUCUGCUAAUCUACUUUUGCCACAUCCAUGCUACGUGUUAGUUUCACUGUGCGCCCUUUCUAUAGAAUAGUAACAACUGUGUUUUAGUAUAGGUGAUAGUGUGUUGAACAACCAGCAUUUCCUGUAUCCCACCCUUGGUAGUACUUGCUGCAAAGAUACCAAUGUAAAAGCAAGGCAUGUGAUCCUAACAAUCUAGGAUAAAUAAGAUAUUCGACGCAAUUGGAACUAACACUGCUUUUUGUAGGAUCUGUCUCACCCCUAUGGGAUAAUGGAUUGUACCGAAGAAUGAGUGCAGGAUUACGGUGUAAAUCGUUCUUCUAGAGAGUAAAGUCUUCUUUUGUAUAUCUAACUUCAAUCCGACUACAAUCAAAUAUAUCUACUACGUUGAUAUCGGUCUACGGGGAACCCCUGUUCUCAUCAGCAGCGAAUAGCGCUUAAAAUAUUGAAAUUAUAUGUACUUAACGAAACUAUUGAGUUGUAUUAAGGCUAAAGGUUUUUAAAUAGUACAUAACGACAUAGUUUUAAAACAUUGAGUCCCAUCAGCAAGUAAACCCGGUCACAAAAUACACUACACAAACACAGAAAGAUAAUUUACAAAACUAGUCAAUAUACAUGACUUUAUUCAAAUUGAUAGAAUUAGAAUUAUACAAAUAUACAUUGACAUUUGAAAAAUACAGUAGUGUUAGCAUGAUUAGACUAAGUUACAUUAUUGGUGGCAAAAGCAUAUUGAAAAUUACAAUAAAAAUUUUAUGAAAACUA